AUGGCUGCGCAAAAUGACCAAUCUGUUACCCGCGGUUGUUUGGCAACGACGGAUACAUGCACCGAACCCAGUUGUCUUAGUUGCGAAACUUCGAAUUGCAACAAACACAAUCUCUGCAAGUCCUGCAACUCAACAACUACGGCGGAGUGUGCCCAAACCAAUGCGACUACACUGAGUAAUGCGAUCUGCAGCAGCGCCGAUACCAAAUGCAUGAUUAGUGUCAUGGAGAGCAGAACCGAACGAGGCUGUAUAACAGCGGAGUUGGAAACAAAUUGCACCAAUGAGAAGACAUGUAAAAUGUGCACGGGUGCUCUCUGCAACGUGGGCAUAUUUCCAGCGGAUCGCCUCAACUGCACCCAAUGCACCGAGUCAGAUGCGAACUGUGCCAGCGCCAGCAGCAACAUUGUGGCACUGCCUUGCUUGUUAUAUGCGGCCGACGACAAGUGUUAUAUGUAUGCCAGCGAUGCGACGCAUGUGACGCGCGGCUGCAGCUCCGACGCGUCUGAAAGUAAUAAAUGCGCAGCUAACAGCACUGAUGCGCUAUGUAAAACUUGCAGCACAAAUGAUUGUAACGGAUGGAGUUACAAUGCGGAUCAAACGCUACAGUGUGUGACAUGCUCCAGCGCUACGGAUGCCCAAUGCGCCUGGGGACAAGCGGCCAGCAAUGCUACGAGUUGUACGAACCAAUUGGAAUAUUCGCAGGAGGGUAAAUGCUAUACGCGCACCGAUGCGAAUGGUACGGUGACACGUGGCUGUUACUAUGAUCUUGACGAAGCGGCGCAGACGACGUGCGCGCAGGGUAUCAACUGUACGAUUUGCACAAAUGCCAAUGGAUGCAAUAAUGUUGAUGCGAAGAAUUUCACUUGUAUUCGUUGUCGAAGUGACAACUUUGCUGGCUGUCGUAAGCAGGCCGAUAAAAUUGGUGGUGAAAAGUGCACUAAUCUAGUGACAUCGGAUGAGGAGGCCAAGUGCUUUACGAGCGUUUGGAAUAAUGACUUAGUUAUUCGCGGCUGCGUUGUUGAUUUGGACGACACUGAUAAGCUGAUUUGCAAUGACACUACCAACGAGAGUUGCCAAGUUUGCAACACAACAAAUUGCAAUACGAAGGCAGUGAAUAACGGUGCGGCAUAUUUGCUGCUUUCAAAUGGACUAUUGGCUGCUGCUCUGCUAACAAUGUGGCGUCUAAAAUGAAGUGGCUUGCAAUAUGUUUACCAAUACACAAACAUACAUACAUUCAUAUUAACAAUAACACAUAAAUAAUUUAUAUUCAAAAAAAAAUAUAAAUAUGCACUUACAUUUGCUUUAAC